AUGCCCAGGAAACUGAAAGGGCUCUCCGGGCCCACUCAACUCAGCAAGGUGCUCGCGUUCUUGACGAGGGAUCCGAAGCCGACUCUGAACGCUGUGAGCUCACUGCGGCUCACGUACGCAGCACGCAAUAAUCACUGGGGUGCACGGCAUUUUGUGAAAGAGGACCUGCCUCGAAUACGGUAUGCCAACCCGAACGUGGACAUUGCCGUCAACAAGGUGCAGGCGGGAUUGGAAGAUGUCGUGCGUCCGGAGCUAGUCAUCGAGCGACGAAACGGCACCAAGGAGACCAUCUCAAUGGACUCUAAACAUUCGACGAAGAUCUUUGAAGAACUUAUGAACAAAGCUGGUGGCGCCAACUGGGAGCGAUGGUGCGCUGACCGGGAGGCUGGCGGACUACCAAUCGUCGAAUCUGUUGCGCCUCCGAAAACUAAUCGUCAACGAAAAACAUCAUUGCAGAAGGAGAGGCAAGCCAAACCGAAAGGAAAGGCUAGCCAAGAGCCGACCCCGGAGCCCGACUACGACAAACCGGACUUCACGAAGACGGGGGCGGCAGUCGUGCUGCCAUGA